CCCCGUGUCCCCCAUGUCCCCUGGCAGUGCCACCAUGCGCCUGCCCCGCUGCCUUGUGCUCCUCGCCAGCCUCGUCCCACCAGCCCUCAGCUCCUGGGGGGUCUCCUACCCCGAGUCCCUGCGGGCCAGCGGGGGAUCCUGCCUGGUUGUCCCCUGCACCUUCAGCUACCCCGCGGAUGUGACAACCGGCGGUGGCAUCGUGGCUAUCUGGUACAAGGACUAUGAGGGCCAGCGGACGGUUGUGUUCCACUCCGCCGCCCCCCAGGAUGUGGAUUCCCGUUUUGGGGGUCGUGCCCAGCUCCUGGGGGACCCCAUGGCCCGGAAUUGCACCCUGCUGCUGCGGGGGGUGACACCGGGGGACAGUGGCCUCUACAGGUUCCGCUUCGAGAUCAUCCACGGCGACCGCUGGUCGGCAUCGCGGGAUGUGACCCUGAGCAUUUCAGAUGAUCUGGAGCUUCCCAGUGUCACCAGCAGCGAGGAGCAGACCGAGGGACAAAGGUCCACCUUGGAGUGCUCCACACCCUACUUCUGUCCCGGAGGUGACACCGCCCUGCACUGGGAGGGCUACGACCCCCAGGUGUCCCAGGUGUCCAGCCACGUCCAGCUGGACACCAGCGGGGUCAGCCACCAGGUGACCCUGACCAGCUCCUUCACCUGGAAGGACCAUUCCAAGAAGCUGCUCUGCGUGGUGUCCGACGGAUCCAAGAGGGCGAGCACGGAGGUGGUGCUGCGGGUCAGGC